AGCAACUCGACCAUCACAUCAGCAGCGCAGCGUCGUUCGGGAUGCGCAUCGACGCGAUUCCCGCGUGGAUCUAUUCUGUUGAUCCUUCGAGUCAAUUUAUUGACACUCACGAGCAAAUCACAUCUUUGAAAACAGCCAAGAGGAGGUUCAGCGGCUAUGCGAUAGAGAGCCCUUCAAAACGAAAGCGCAGGGAACAACCCGAAGCAGAAGCACCCUUCAACGCUGACAAAACACCACAAUCAUCAACUACUCGCCCGCCGAGCUCUAUCUUCGAUCAUCCGCCGCUGUCAUUCGAUGUAACUGGCUCUACCAUCAACUCAUUCCCUCGCACUCUUGCCGCCCGUCUGCAUUUACCAAAGUCGAUAUCAUCAACAUCCCAACGAAGUCCCUCACCAUGAUCUGAUAUGUUUCGUGGUACAUCAGCUCUUGCUUAGACCGCCACUCACAGACUCAUCGCAAUCCGAGUGUCAACAAUCCAGGCCUGGCGAAUGAUCUGAUCAAUUUGGAUAAGACUGUGCCCCUCGCUGAGACCAAAAGAAGUCAGGCAAAGCCGACAUUCCAGCGUUUUCAGUAGGCAAGGCUCCCUUGGAACACGCUUUCUUGCCAGUUAUGACCCUCAGCCUACUUACUCUCUCUUGCGCCAGGUUCAUCAAGAG